UAGGGUUUUCUUUUGUAUAUUCUUUUGAUGUCGUCGUACUUUGGAAUGAUGGGGUGGAAACCUUUCCAUUCUACAACUCCUUUUCUAUGGAACCGAAUAAAACUAUUCUGUACUGCUUCUUCAAGUCGUUGGAAGAUACAACGUCGCAAGGACUUGUAUGCUCAAGCAGCUUACAACGAAGGUCUUCGAAGUCGUGCAGCUUAUAAACUUUUGGAGAUGAUGGAACAGUUUCAUUUCAUUCAACAGACAUCAGUAGUUGUGGAUUUAGGUGCUGCACCUGGCGGUUGGUCCCUGGUUGCCAAACAAUAUUUAGAACUUUGUUCCAAAGUACCUUGGAAAGUUCCUUUAGAUGAACUUGCCAGUGUUCCGCAAGUUAAUGUUAUGCGUUCAACAGGAAGACUAGUCCGUCGAACUCGUGGAAGGUUGAUAUCGGUGGAUAUUUCAGAUAUGGAACCCAUUGCAGGUGCCACUUUUAUUCAAGGUGACUUUUGUGAACAAGAGACACAACAGCGUAUUACCAAAGUAUUGUAUGGUGAUGAAGUCGAUGUUGUCUUGAGUGAUAUGUGUCCCAAUACUAGUGGAGUGAAAGAACUGGAUCAUGAACGUAUUAUAGAAUUGGCUUUUUCAGCAUCUCAUUUUGCUAUUCAUCAUUUAUGUAAUGGAGGUACAUUUUUAUGCAAAAUAUUUCAAGGUGCUCAAGAAAAACGUUUGAAUACCUUUUUGGAGGAACAUUUCGUCCAAGUAAAACGUAUAAGACCAAAAGCUUCCAAGAGUGAAUCUUCCGAGUGUUAUAUAUUGGCAAUCCAUGAUGAUUCGGCGAUGAUGAUGAUGUCCGAGGCACAAGAAGAAAGAGAGAAAGUUUAUAGGCAAUGUAUAGACACUUUGUUUUCACGUUGGACUGCCUUGCGUUUGGCUUUAGAACAUUGGAAUAGACCAACGGAUGAAGGUCAAGCACUUUUGGAAACUCUUCAACAAGCCAUUAUACAGGCAGCUCAAGAUAACGAAUUGAAUACAGAGUUCUUGGAAACUUUAUUUGAAGAGGCCUUUGAUAUUCUUCAGGUGGAUGUAGAGGACGAUAGCAUAGAACAAGUUUCCUGUUUGUUGUUUGAUUUAGGGAAAGACUGUUUACAAGGAAAUAUGGAAAUAGUGAAUACUUUUUUGAUUCAGAGACCACUUCAUACUGGAGCAACUUUUUCUAGUGGUUUGGAUAGUUCAGUUUCAGAGAUUGUUAGGAACCACCAAACCUCAACGACGAUGUGUAUUGGUGCCUCAGAGGAAAGUAUGUCCACGGAGCUUACAACGAGUGCUUUCAUGACCGACGAGGACGGAUUCCAAAGGGUACAACGAAGACAUCGAAAGCGAUAAAAUAUACGACAAGGUAAGUUGGGAUAAGAAACGGGAGGUGCUAUAU